CUCCAGGUUCCCCUCUUCUAGCAAGACUUCAUCCCAUCCUGGAAGCUGAACCUCAAUCCGAUAAUCAUCAUCCACAUUGGGACCAAAGCCUGGAAUCCAGAGCAAAGAUAAUCAGGAACAGCCGCUGUCAGUCGUGACACCAGUGCAAGUUUUCUAUACUCUAGCUGCCGUUGCAUCGUUUCCACCGGCUAUUGUAGAACUCAGCCCAGUUUGACGAGACCAGACUCUCAGACAAGAUUUCUUGGGCUGCGGGAUUACGUCGUGAGGGACAAAAUCCCCUUCAGCUGGCCCCGUCGGCCCCCAUCUGGCUCCACUCUCUCAGAACACCUGCACCACCGCAAUCCACUAUCACAGGCUUCCUCUGACUUCCUCUGACUUCCUCCACCGGAUAUAUCUGAAAGAGACGAAUCAGCAGCAGCGGAAUUGGUACAUGUGGAGAUUGGUGAGACCGAGUCCAGAAAGGCCUGAAAGUUGGCCCAGAAGAGUUGGGCUCAACCAGUCAUAACGGUUCAUGUCCGUGUGCCGCAGACGGUUUCACCCCGCUGAGUCAGAUUUCGAGCCUGUGACAGCGCACCAUCUCACAGACUCACAACCCAACCCUUCCAUUCCAAGAAGCUAACUCGACGAACCCACGUCAUCCCACCAAGGCAGGCAGACCGGCAGACCUAGCCUUAUGCCAGACGACGCCAGUGCGAUAUCAGACGUCGCUUCGCAAACUCUGCUACGAGUCUGCUGAGAAGAGUGUCAAUUGUUCCGUCGUGCCAGAAGUGCUUUCUGUGUUCGUCUGAAGCCCACAGGAGUCCAAAUCGCUUAUCCAUCAACCUGACGUGAUUGCCGUCUUCUCAGCCAAACCAACAACAUCAAAUCCACCCCAUCGUCGCCAUCCGCAGCAAUGUCUCGCCGUGCGGAUACCGUUUACGAAGAGCGGGAUUACUAUCGAGAUGCACCACCGCCAGUCCGAACCCAGGUUCGCGAACGGAACUUUGAAGAAACGGACGUCUACUCAAGGAGGGGUCCUGAGUCUGCUCGAGGCAGCCGUCCGGAUUUCUUGCGAGAUGACUAUGGCAGAACAGACCACGGCCAGAUGGUGGUGAGAGAGCGAGAUACAGAGAUUACUAGACCUGCCGAGCGAACGAUGGACCGAACUCUGGAGGUAAGACGGGCACGUUCUCCAAGUCCCGUUCGAAUCCGCGAAGAGAGAAGGGAAAGAAUCAUUCGCAGAUCUCCUUCCCCUCCACCUGCUGAAACAACUUUCCGAUCCCGGGUCGUUGAACGGGAGAGAGCAAGAUCUUUGACACCACCCAAACCACAUCUCCGCGCGAGAGUGACAGAAACAAGAGAAAGGAUACGGGAAAGAUCACCAAGCCCAAUCAGAUUUCGAGAACGGGUGAUUGAGCGUGAGCGCGAGCGUACACCUUCUCCAGUCCGAUUCCGUGAGCGCAUCAUAGAACGACAACGGGAGCGUACUCCAAGUCCUCCUCGAAUCGAUACCGUCCGGAUUCGAAACAUUGAACGAGAGACCAAAAAAGUGCCUACUCCGGCACCUUCUCCAUCGCCAUCUCCUCCACCAGCCAUCCGAGCUCCUCCCAUUCAUCAGGAAAUCAUCACUCACCAUAGACAUAUCGACCAUGGUAAGUUUCUUUCACCUUUUCUGAUAUUGAAAAUCUGCUGACAAUAUAAGGCUUCGAAAGAGCUAGGGUCCCUACCCCGCCCCCUCCUCCACGUCGUACAAAGGAAAUUAAAGAGACCGAUAUUGAUAUUCAUACCUCACGCGGCAACACUGAGAUUGAUAUCAAGACAUCACGUUCCAAGACUCCACAACCUACAUCCAACUCUUUGGCUCGCCGCCAUGACUUUUACGAUGACUCAGUUCUUUAUGAUGAGGAGCGGGAUAAGCUUCGAGUACGUGACACAAAGAUAGAUCUUAGCAGGCGUCGCAGUUUAAGUGCACGACCUGGGAGAGACUUCAAGGUCGACAUUCGAGAGACGAGGGAGAGCUAUGGGAGAGACCGUGAUAACUUUGGAAGAGAGAGUGUCGUGAGUCUUCGAGGAGACGAUGACGAGGCGGAAUACUACCGUCGCAAAGCCGACGAAAGAGCCUACAUUGGCGAAGCGUUCAAUGGGGCUACGAAAGACUGGUCGAUUGUGGAUGUGCCCCCUGGAACAGAACGAGUUCAAAUGGACGGCGUUGGCGGAGGGAGUCAAGAGAUCACUUGGCAACGAUACAAUGGUGUUCGUCGAAGCAAGUUCAUUCCCGAGCGUGAGCGUAUCCCAGAACGAUUCCCUGAGCGUGAAAGGGAGAGGAUUGAGAUUCGAGAACGGGAAGAGCCAAGGCAUGAAAGCAGCGGACUUGAAAUCGAAAUCUCCAGCUCAAGCCGUCGGCAACCUAGCGGUACAUACGAACGAGAAUACGAGAGAAUUGAAGAAACGAGUAGUGAUCGCCGAGUUGGUAUGCCUCGACCUUCACCAAAGAACCGUGACCUGUGGACCGAAAUCACCAAGGACUUGGUUGUGGAAGAAGCCAUUAGGAAGCUUGGCUACAGUUUUGAGGAGACAGAGUAUUUCUAUUAUAUCAUAGAAUAUCUGCGAUAUGUAAGUCUUCUUUCGCCUUCAAAGCCAGAACAUGAAUGUAUGCUAAUUUGAUUUAGGAGGAUGUUCUUGAACUGGUAGAAGUCUCCGAGCAAAUCCGUCGAGAUCGUCAACAUCGCAUCCGAGAGAUUGAGCGCGAGCGAGAACGAUUCGAAAGACGAGCCCGCGAACGAGAGGAAUGGGAGCGAGCAGAAAGACGACGUGAUCGUGAUAGCGGAUAUGAUGACGAGCGUAUCAUUGAGCGAGAAAUCGUUUACGAGGGUGACCGCAGAGGACCGCCACGACGACGAGGGGGUGGUUGGUAAAGAAUACCCACACGAUUUGAGAAAGCAUCAAAAGUUUGUUGUUGAUUGGAUGAUUCUAACGAAGGUUACGAAUUUUACAUUGCACUUCUUUGCAUACCUACAUAGCGAUGUUGUUGCUUCACUCCUAUAACAUCGACAGCCAGCCAGAAACCAGACAGCCAGACUGAUAUCCGUUCAGGUUAUGUUUUGUUGGGAUACCAUGAGCAAGGAUGCUCUAAUUUUUCCUAUUUUUCUUUUUCUAUUCUACCUUUUUCUUCUUCUCUAUGUUCAUGUGGCUAUGAUUGCGGAGCGGGCGCUGGGACAAUCUUCCUUUUUCUUUUUCGGGGUCUAUGUGAGGGAGGAAGGUUGAGUGGGGAGGAUGAUUGCGGGAGGGUUUAUAGAUGUUGAUGAUGGAUACAAUUUCAUGGGGGGACUUUUAGUUUUCAUCUUCUUUUUCUUUGGUUUCCUUUUUUAUGAUAUGAAUUGAUGAUCUCGUAA